GUAUGUGGAAAUAUUAGCCCUUGAGACAUCCUUAGUGUACGAUGAUAAGGAAGAAAUAUUAAUGGACACCUUAAAAACCUUUUAGUAGAUUAGAUAUGAGUCUUUUAGAAGACAACGUAAUUGUUUUAUGAGUUAACAAUGGAAACCACAAAAAUGAAUCCAAAUGAACAUCACGAGGAGGAAGAAACACGAGUCGUCAUCAGUGACGAGGAAGUUGAGCAGCUUAAGCAAAGUCUUCCUAAGGAACUUUCCUUGGGCAAGAUUGAAUUGAUAAAAUACCAAGGCUUCUGGUAUCCUGUUGAAACUGAUUUGUUCAAGAGUAGUCUCAUGUUUCAAAGACACUUCAUUGCAAGGGAUAGUGAUCUAAUUGUCGCGAGCUUCCCUAAAACCGGUACCACUUGGUUGAAAGCUUUGCUCUAUAGCGUUGUCAACCGUUUCAAACGCCCUAGUAACCAAAGCCCUUUUCUUAUCCAUCAUCCACACGAGCUUGUACAUCGCCUAGAAAAUGACAUCUAUGGUGAAGCUUUUGAGUACCCUCGUCCACACCAUCUUAGCGAGCUACCUUCACCGAGACUUUUCCACACCCACUUGCCCUUCACCACCCUUCCGGAAACUAUCAAAGCUUCAGGGUAUCGGGUUUUGUACAUUGCACGUAAUCCAUUGGAUACAAUUGUGUCAUUCAUGCUCUUCGCUUUGAAGCCACUCAAAAAGAUAUUGGGAGAAGAUUUCCAGCCUACUAUUCAGGAUUUCUUUGAGGAACUCUGUGCAGGAAGAAUAUGUCACGGUCCUUUCUUUGAGCACGUGGUUGAAUAUUGGAAGCAGAGUUUAGAGCAACCAAACAAGAUGUUAUUCCUUAAGUACGAGGAUUUGAAAGAGGAUCCGACCUUUCAGCUAAAGAGAGUGGCUGAAUUUGUGGGUAUGCCAUUUUCUUGUAGCGAGGAAAGUGAAGGUGUAGUUGAAGAAUUGGUAGAGAUGUGCAGCAUCAACAACCUCAAAGAAUUGGAAGUCAACAAAACCGGAGUUAUCAACAAGAUAUACGAUAAAAAGAGCUAUUUUAGGAAAGGGGAGGUGGGAGAUUGGAGCCAUUAUAUAACGCCUACCAUGGCGGAGAGGAUGAAGAAAUUGAUGGAAGAAAAACUCGAGGGCACUGGUUUAUCAUUUCAGUUACUUCCUCACUAGUCACAAGGUUAGAAAAUGAUACCCUGUAUCAAGUUAUGUUUAUUCCCUUCGUUCUUAAAUAAGUGCAACAUACGCUUUUGUUAAAUUUGUAUGUUCAACAUGACCCAAACUUUCAGUUUCAUUUGUUUC